AUGGUCGCAGCUUUACCUGAAUUCUACGCACGCAAGGUUACUUUGGACGACCUGAAAUAUGCUCAACAAGCAACUGAUUUAUUCAAUACAGCCUAUGGAUCCAACAAUAAUGGUUGGGCAACUGUAAAGAAAACUGUAAGAGGCUACUACACAACAGGACAAGAUAUAGAAAACUACAUCCGGGAGAGUGUUGCUGGAAAUGUGAUUCAAUUGUUUCUAUUUCAAAGAGAUGCACUGGGCAAUGAUAAGGCAGUUGCAGGUACAUUAACGAUUGAAUCAAAAUGUACCUGUGCACCCAGUGAUUUGGCGGAAGGAGAUGGAUUGCUAGGCAGAUUCUCCGUGGAUAUUGCUCAUCAUUCACGAGGAUUUGGUAAUUUGCUGAUGAAGGUAGCCUUUAAAGAGAUGAAAGACUGCAACUACUCCACGUGCUCCAUGCUUGUGUUUGAAAACAGGACAGAGUUUCUGGAUUGGUGUAAAAAGCUUGGUUUUGUCGAUACCAUGGAACGAUCGCCAUUCCACCCUCCAAAAGGGGCUGUCAUUCUGGAAAAUGUGCCAUUUGCUUUAUUAAAGAAGAAAUUGUGA